UCGCUUUUGAAGGGGCAGGGGCAGGAACAAAUCACUUUCCCUUUCUUUCCAGUAAUGUAAGUUUACAUACGAUCAACAGAGAACUUGGAGCCUGUUAUUUUGUUCCUUAUGCAUGUGGACCUCAUCCUUGUGCUGAAGAAGACUAAGAGGUACUGAUAUACUCCAUAUUGCUGAGUCUUGCAGCAGCAAUUGAAGAAUAUGUAUCUCUUCCUCCUUUCUGUUUUAUAUUUGUUUUUCAAAGCCACUGGCAGCAAAGAGGUUAUAUUUGGUCAUAAUCAUUUCACAGAAUAUCAAGUGGGCAACAUGAACCUGAUUCUCUCUGUCCCACAUGGUGGGUCAAUGGAACCCAAAGACAUCCCUGAUCGAGAAGCUGGCUGUUGGGAUGCAAAGACUUCCUCUUGUAUUUUCUCUCAUGAGUGUCCUUCUGGAAGUAUUCAAAGUUAUAAGAAAUGCAAAGUGUCUACCAACCAAGACAGGUAUACUAUAGAGGUGGCUCAGGCUCUUGCUGAAGAAAUCAACAAAAUUACUGACGGCUUCUUCCCACAUAUGAUUAUAAACCACCUUCAGAGGUUCAAGAUGGAUGCUAACAGGGAAAAGGAAGAAGCCUCCUUUGGAAUUCCCCAAGCAGAGCAGGCCUGGGAAGAGUAUAUGGGAUUUUUAACCACUGCAAAAUCACAGAUGACAGGGGGCCUGAUCCUGGAUAUCCAUGGGCAAGCACAUCCUGAACGGUGGAUAGAACUAGGUUACACGCUUUCAAAAACUUCCCUUAACUCAGGCAUCUUUUCUGCGUCAUGUUCCUCAAUUAGCCAUCUGGCCAGUCAGCUAGUCAAUGUGUCUUCUGAGACUUUGGUUGCAGGGAACAGAAGUUUGGGUAAAUAUAUUGAAGUACAAAAUAACAGUUAUGUUUGUGUGCCUUCUCCAUCCAAUCCUAGCCCAAAUAAUGGGAGUUACUAUAGUGGUGGAUACAUAACAAAAAAUUUUGGUUCCCGCAGUUCUGGCACCGUUGAUGCCAUUCAGCUUGAGCUACCCCAGUGGGUGAGGGCAGCCGAAGAACGUCCCAGAUUUUGUAAAGCACUAGCAAGGGCUGUAAUGAAAUUCUGGCAAACCAACUACUGCAGCCAGUACAACCAUGAAUUUCUGCCAUGCUGAAAGAGGCUGUCUUGUUGAGAUACUUUUCCAUAAUACAGGAAUGAUCUGGAACAACAGAACAACUGAUACACCUGGAACAUUUAAGCCUGUAAUAUAAUUGUGGAUGUUGGUGGAAAGAAGCUAACCUGCAAAGGAAUAGAGAGACAUUGAAACACAGAAAAUCCACAGCUAAAACGAAGAAGUCCAUUAAGACACAGCUUUGUACUAGAUCCAGCACUGAAAAGAUUUCUUGAACAUGAGUGGGAUAUUUGGAAGUAUCACUUGCCUGGUAUGCUUUUCGGUGCUUAAUUUCUUUCCAGUAGCAUCCUCUGUUCUCUAGCACACAAUAAACAACUAUUCUUUUUUAAUGUAUUCUGUGCAGUGCAGUGCCAUAGUAGAUUAUAUAUUCAAAGAAAUGAAGUGUCUCUGCUUUUCUUGUGACACUUAAUGAUAUUAUCCCAGUGUAUUUCUUAUGUAAAAUGUUUGGGGCUGGAACUAGUUUCCAUUUGGUGUUUAUAAAGGCCUUAGAGUUGGAACUCUUCAAGUAAACAGUAACUCUUCAAGUAAACAGUACUCUUCAAGUAAACCUGCAGUAUUGACACGGUGAAUAACUAGCAGCAAGUGUACAUUAAGAGUCCUAGGAUGCUCCCUUCAAAUGGAAACCAAAAUAGUAACACCAACAGGCAUUUGGCCACAGAAGAUAUUCAUUAUGGGUUUUCUGACUUGUGCCACCCAGCAGGUUAGACUGGAUGAUACAGCCAAUCUCUGUUCGCACUAGAAUUCAUAAAGGUUUCUGUCAAUUCUACCUAUUCUACCCAUUUCUGAUUAUUGAAGUUCCUGCAGCAUCUUCCCUAAGGAAGGAGACAUCCAAUCUGAGAUCUCAGGCAAAAGAAUUUUCUUUUACAUAAUAUACAUUACAAUGGUCCUGGUUGAGAUCUUUGUCUUAGGGCCAUAAUGAAUUCUUAAAUGCUGAACGGGCUAUCCACUGAUUUCAACAGGAAUGAUUUUUACAUAAAUGCAAGAUCCCUUUAUCUUUUGCCAUGUGCUUUCCCAAGCAGAAGGGCAGCUCAUUAUGCAGCACAGGAUGAAAGAUGUUGUUCAAUAUGAUACUAUUAUUACUUGUGCUAGUUAAAGAUUUCAGUCUCCUAUUUAGAUGAAAAUAGAGAAUAAAACAUA